AUGGAGAAGCAAUAAAUCAGCAAAUCAUUUACCUACAUUCCAACUGAAGAAGAGAAACAAAAAGAUCGUGAAAAAUAACUGGAUGUUCAUUAAAAAUAACUAUUACAUCCUAAACUUAAAUGGACAGCUAUAUUGUUAGCAUUACUUUCAGUUAUUCUAUACUCAAUAGGGUUCGUAUAAUAUACCAAAUUUUAAGAGCAUUCAUCCAAAUCCAUUUUGAAGAAGACUCUACAGCCCUUUAUUUGAUUGCCUCCAUCUGUCUAUUACCUCUAACAUAUUGCUUAUUCAAAGUAUGUAAAAAGAAAGAAGAUUUGUGA